GAUACUACCAGAUUAAGCAUUGAAAGCACGAUUUUUUUGUAAUUUUAUUAGUUUUUUGCUAAUUUAUUCAAACUGAGGAUCCUUAAUCCUGGUCCUGACUCGCGCAAAAGCUGGAUUUAGUAUUUACAAGCGUCGCCGACCACCGCUACCUCCACCGACGAGACAGGCGCCAUGAAUCCGCCGCGCCCAGAGCCCGGCCUUCCCCGCCGCCACCACCUGGUCCACCUCCACCUCGACCCCCGCCACCACCACCACGUCCACAUCCACCUCUGCCACCAUCACCACCACGGCGCCCACCCGCCCGCUCCCGCGCCGCCGGCCCACCUCCACCACCACCAGCAGCACCCGUCUCCCUUGUUCUCCCCAAACGCCUACACGAGCGCGGCGCCCUGGCAGCCGGAGCCGUCCUCCGCUGCCGUAGGAGAGGUGACGGAGGAUUUGGAUCCCGAGCCGGCGCUGCGCACGGAGCAAGCUGAGGAGGAGGAGGAGGAGGAGCCGGUGUUUGUGCUAACGGACGAGUGGGCAGAAUUCUUCGCCAAAUCCGACGCCAAGAGGAGACUGGCUAAACAGAAGAAGAACCAGGGCCGGAAGUGACUGUGCCGUCAGAGACUCGAAACCUCAGGAAGAGAACUGAGGACACGACGGAUCAGUGGCAACAUGUCAUCAACACAUACUCAUCGCUUUGCCUGAAAUUCAUGAUACUUUCUUUCUUCAUAGAGUUUGUGUUUACAUGAUUCAAAUGUUGUGCUGUACUUCAGUACAUGUUGGAACUUCAAAAUAAAAUUUUUGCCUGAAAUUCAUGAUACUUUCUUUCUUCA